ACAAUUCAUUAGGUAUGUGUCCUAGCUAUAAUUCAUUAGGUAUGUCCUAGCUACAAUUCAUUAGGUAUGUCCUAGCUACUAUUAUUACAAUAUCCAUGUCCAUUUUGCAUGACAAGGAGUCAUCACCCCAAAUGUCAUAAUCGUCACAGCCCUACGACAAAGACCUCUGCACAGGCUAACCUUUGAGUCGCCGUCAAGUUCAGUGAUAGGCACGGGACUGUCUAUCCUAGAGCACAGGAGCCAAGGUUUCCUAUUAUAGAAGCAUUAGGAUUUAAGUUUCAGUGGCUACUACUCUACAAACCGCUCUCUCCUUUCCUCUCUCUACAGCCAAGACACAAUGAAUGUUUACCAAACACCAGAGAAGGAGAUCAUCUCAGGGCUGUCUUACAGGAAGAGAAGUGACAGUGUUAUAUGUAAUUAUGAAUCUAAUACCACCAUGGAGAUGAAUCCAGAGGGCCUACCUUCCCUGGACUACAGGGAAGAGGACCCCCCUCCCAACAAACACCUCAAGUACCACACCAGCCUGCAGAACAUGAUCCCAUUCCGCUUCUCAAACAAGUCCAACCCCAUGGACGAUGCGGGCUUCUUCUCCUUCACCUCGUUUGCCUGGAUGACUCCCAUGAUGUGGAGCCUGUUCAGGAACCGACUGGACAAGAGUUCCCUGUCUCUGUCUUCUCAUGAUGGGGCCGAAACCAAUGGGAAGAGGUUUGAGAGGCUUUGGGAGGAAGAGGUAGCUAAGGUGGGACUAGAGAAAGCUUCUUUAGGUGGAGUCUUCAUGCGCUUCCAAAGGACCCGAUCACUGGUGGCCUUACUCGUCUCCAUCCUCUUCACGCUCUCUGUGUUUAUCGGACCGGCGGUUCUGGUGUAUGAGAUCCUGAACUAUGCAGAAACCCCUGGGUCGUCUACUCUGCUCCACGGUGUGGGUCUGUGUGUGGCUCUGUUCAUCUCAGAGUUCUCUAAAGCCUUCUUUGCCUCUCUACUGUGGGCUGUUAACCUGAGGACGGCCAUCAGGGUGAAGAGUGCCUUCUCUGUCGUCGCCUUCCAGAAGAUCAUCUCUCUCAGAUCUGUCAGCAACCUCUCUGUGGGAGAGAUGAUCAACGUGCUGACCGGUGAUGGCUACAGGAUGUUUGAGGCUGUGCUGUUUGGUACCUUCCUGCUGUGUAUCCCUGUGCUACUGACCGCCUGUAUGAUCUACGCCUGCUACACUCUAGGAUACACUGCCCUCAUAGGAGUCUCUGUCUACCUCAUCUUCAUCCCCAUACAGUUUUUCAUGGCCAGACUGAUCCAAGUGUUCAGGAGGAAAGCAGUGAGCGUCACAGACACUCGUGUCCGCACCAUGAACGAGGUUCUCACCUGCAUCAAACUCAUCAAGAUGUAUGCCUGGGAAACCUCCUUCGAGAAGAAAAUCACCGACAUCAGGAAGAAUGAGAAGCAGCUGCUGGAGAUGGCUGGCUACAUCCAGAGUAUCAACUCCUCCAUCACAACCAUCAUCCCCACCCUGGCAACCAUCCUCACCUUCGUAGUCCACACCCUGCUGGGCCUGCCCCUAAGCUCCUCGGAAGCUUUUACCACAAUCGCCAUCUUUAACUCCAUGCGGUUCUCCCUGGGGUUGCUGCCGUUCUCUGUCAAAGCCAUAGCCGAGGGACUGGUAUCGCUAGCCCGGCUAAAGAAACUGCUGAUGACACAGAACCCAGACUCGUACCUGGUCCAGAGACACGGGUCCUCCUCGGCCCUGGUCAUGGAGAAGGCAACAUUCACCUGGGCCAGGCCUGAAGGACCGACAACCACUACGGCACCAGGCACCACAGCCUCUCUGAAGGGAGGGAAGGUGGAACCACAGGGCCAGAACGGGACUCACACACCGGGCAAGGCCAAAGCCACCCUGAGAAACAUCUCCUUCAACCUGCCUAAGGGAAACCUGCUUGGUAUCUGUGGCAACGUGGGAAGUGGGAAGACAUCGCUGAUAUCGAGCAUCUUAGAACAGAUGCACCUGCAGCAUGGUUCAGUCACAGCAGACGGAGAGUUUGCCUAUGUUUCCCAGCAGGCCUGGAUCUUCCACGGUACGGUCCAAGAUAAUAUCUUGAUGGGGGAACCCUUCAACCAGACCAGGUAG